UGGCGCUCUGGCGCAUGCCGCAUGAUGUAAUUCCUAUAUCAUGGUCUGGCGCUUGUCGCCUAGGCGCCGGCGCGCUGUUUGGCUCCUUGUGAUUGCCAUGAAUAUGAUUAAACAGUAAAUAAAUAAUAUAAUUAAUUGGUCUUGACUCUUAAAUUCAUUGUUGUGUUCAUAUUUAGUUGUCUAUUGUUCAUGAGCUAUCGCCAUUUUUUUAAAGUUCAUUCAGAUUUCGUUCUGUGGUUUCACUAAAGUUGAACAAGCAACGGUGUUCAGCACUUCAUUUUUGAUACUUACUACUUGGGCAACUCGGCGUCAAAAUGUGUUUACAUGUGUGUCUAGCAACUGUGGUUCUGGGUUCAUUUUCAUUCUUAUUCUAGACUAAAUCAUAAUAUAGUUAUUCUGCUAUAAAUUAUUAAUUAACAUGAACUCUCAAGAUCAAAAUAAUAGUAUGUACAAUGCAUUAAAAAAAAAAUCAUCCCAACAUGAAAAGAAUUUUCACAAAGAUAUAAAUCAUGAUAAUAAUAUAACUUCAUUCAAAGCUAUUUUGAACCAAGAAUUUUGUGUUAAGGAUGAUAAUAACGAUAAGUACCUUAAUAAUUUAUCCAUAGGAGACUUGAAUAAUAAAGUUAAAAAGUAUAAUACAUUGUACUUGGAAAAUAAAAUCAAUGUGCUUAAUGCAUUUGAUAUAGAUUUAAUCAAUUGUGUACAGCAAAUGGUCAAAAGAUCAAAAGAGACAAAUAUUUUGGAAAUUAGUAAUACAUUUGAUGCCAUGAGUAAAGUGUACUCAUGUAGAGUCGAUGAUAUUUGGAUAACAGGUAAUAAGUUAAUUAAAGAAUUUGUAUCAGAAACAAAAAAUAAAAAGCUUGUCAAAGAAAAUGAAAUCAAAACAAAACAAAAAUAUAGAAAAAAACUAAUGUUAACAACAGCAGACAAAUUAUGCUGUAAAGAAACCAGAAUGUUACCAAAAAAAAUGUAUUUAAACGUUGAUUUUGAUAGUGAUAUGAUUGACUAUUCAAAACCUUCAAGAAUAUUGAUAAAUAAGUAUUCUAAUAAGCCCUAUUGGCCAGAAUACAAUGUUCCUAAAAAUAUUAGAGUGAAUGAAAACCAACAAGAAACAUAUGAAAUGGAAGAUGUAAGUUUUUUCAUUAAAAAUGGAAAAAUUUGUCCUUCAUAUCAUAAAUUUAUAGCUGAAUGUGAUAAAAGUACAAAUUAUAAUGAUGACACCGACAUGAACAAAUUAGAUUAUAUUGUAACACAUUUUAAUCAAGAAACAUCUCAAUUUUGUGCUAACAAUUCUGAAGGAAUUGAUGAUUCAAUGGAAGUAGAUUUAAUUGAAUCAAAUUCAGGAAUAAUAGCAAGUACAGAUCCAGAAUCAUCUAAUCACAUUAACAAAACAUUUGGUAGACUAGAUAAUUUAAAUUCUUUAUCUCAGACAUUAUUAUUGGUGGAUACAACAAAUAGCAGUGAUUACACAUUCUUUAAUCGUAAAAAAAUGUGUUACUUUAAAUGUUCCAAUCAUUGGAAUGAGAAAUUUAAAAUGAUGAUAACUGACAGUAAACAGAAAGCAAUGCUUAUUAAGUCACGUAUAGCUCAAACACCUCAAAUACAACCCCAAUCUAAUGUUACUGAAUUUCAAUGUAACAAAUCAAAAGCUAUACAAUUUAAAGUUAAUUUUUAUUCAGAUAACUCUACAAUAUUGAAAAAUAUAAAAUUAAAUUCUGGUAAAAACCAAUGUAAUUACAUUAAAUGGAAACCACGUAACAACUUAAUGGUUUCAUCUGAUCAAUCAACUAUUAGGCCUAUCAGACAAUUAGAAAGUUGCAAGUAUAUACAUAUAGUUCCUAACUGGUAUAAAAAUGAAUUUGAAGAAUUAAAUUUGAAUACAAAUCCAAAUACAUUGUUCUUGUUUCCAGAACAAAAUAUUCUAAGCAACAGUUUAUUGUUAGAUGAAGUUCCAGUAGAGAAUACAGACUAUAUUGACCAAAAUGCUAUGGAUAUCGAAUGUGAAAAUGAGGAAGAAGAAAUUACAACUGAAGAGUACCCUUCUAGUAAUUCUGGAUACAUAGAUAUGCAUGAACUUAAAAAAUGUAUUAUGAGUACUAUUAAACCAGAUGGUGAAAAAACAAUAAAUAUUUCAUUUGCAGAUUUGUUAUUAAAAUUGCCAAAAGUUUUAACGGAAAAUAUGAAAGAGAAUAUAAGUGUAUCUGUAAUAUAUGUUGCUUUAUUGCAUUUAUGCAAUGAAUACAGUUUAAAUUUAGAAAGCAAAAAUGAUGAAAUUUUAAUCUCUCAAAAUUCUGUAAACAAUGAAGUAUUAGAAUAAGUUUUUUUUCUGUUAAAUUAAUUAUUAUUGUAUGAUAUUCAUAAUAAAAUUACCACUAAUUUACCUUGCUUAUACUAUUUAAUUUUAAAUCCAUAUAGCUUGGUCAGUGAAUCAUAUUCAUAUAGUUUCUUGUUUGUUACUUUCUUUGUUCCUAUACUAAAUAGGAUAUUAAAAGUGCAAAAGCGCAUAAUUGCCAAGUGUAUAUUCACUGAUAAGUGGUCAGCCUCCUAAAGAUACUAUUGUGAAUAAGUACUAAGUAAUAAGAAAGUACUCAAAGCUCUAUGAAUUUCCAAUCUACAAAGACCCCAUUACCUCAGAUUACAUAUAUA